UUGGUGACGGCCUUUGUGCCCUCGGACACAGCGUGCUUGGCAAGCUCGCCGGGAAGGACCAGGCGGACGGCCGUCUGGAUUUCGCGAGAGGUCAGGGUGGGCUUCUUGUUGUACUGGGCCAGGCGGACAGCCUCGUUCGCCAUCUUGUCGAAGAUAUCCCGUAGCGCAAAGGCCGGUCUUCAGUUUCCUGUCGGUCGAAUUGCUCGUUACCUGAAGAAGGGGAAAUAUGCAGAACGCAUUGGUGCUGGUGCCCCUGUCUACCUUGCUGCGGUGUUGGAGUAUCUAACUGCUGAGGUGCUCGAGCUGGCUGGUAACGCAGCUCGCGACAACAAGAAGAACCGUAUUAUACCGCGUCACAUCCAGCUGGCCAUCCGUAACGAUGAGGAACUGGGCAAGCUGCUAGGAGACGUGACAAUAGCUGCGGGUGGCGUACUGCCGAACAUUCAUGCGGUUCUCUUGCCCAAGAAGUCCAAGACCGGCAAGGCGGAGGAUGGCUCGGCCGCAGUCUAGAAGGGACUAGUUACAUUGCAUUUGGGCGAAAGCUCUUCGUGCUCACAUUUUAUGUCUCGCUGGUAUCUGCGGGAUGCGAGGGCCACCAGGAGCUCACCAGCUGUGGCAGUGCAGAUUUCAAGCUGCAGGGUUUUUUGCGUUGGUUAUUAGAUGCACCCCUUACCUAAUUCAGUUAGUAUCAUGGCGCAGGAAGAAUCACUGUGUCGAUGGUGGUAUGUUGGCUCAAAAAUGGAACUUUGCCUCCUGGCACUCUUAAGCCACUGAUGCGUGAUGGGCUUGACAUGGGCAUGGAUGUUCGCAGGAUUGUGCACAUAUGUAUAAAUCUAUUUAAUAGAGCUGCUGUAUGUCCAAAGCACUGUAUUGUAAGCAUGGAGUUCUGCCAGCC